GCUGUUAAUCCAAGUCAAAACGCAAAUCACACUGUUUGAGCUUAUCGGCCACCGUCUGUGCUGUAAACAUGGCGUCGGACAGCGACAGUGAUGAGGACUUUGUAACUUAUGGUACUCCUCUGGAGCCGUUCGAAGAAGACGAGCCUGUUCGGAAGCCGGUCCCGUUGCACGAGCAGACAGUCAAAGAUGAGAAAGGCCGUUUCCAGAGGUUUCACGGAGCCUUCACCGGAGGCUUCUCUGCCGGAUACUUCAACACCGCAGGCUCCAAAGAAGGCUGGACCCCGUCGACAUUCGUGUCGUCGCGACAGCAGAAGGCGGAGAGGCAGAAUGCCAUGCCACAGGACUUCAUGGAUGAGGAGGACCUCGGUGAGCAUGGCAUCGCCCCUCGUGAGAUCACCACCACAGCAGAUUUUGGUUCUGGUCGCAGCGAUCCGAUCCAAAAAAAGGCCCGUGAGCUCAGCGCUAUGAGGGGCCCCAUCCCAGGGGAAACACUCCUCCAGGACCUGGUGGCUCCCGCGAGGACCUCAAUUGGAGUGCAGUUGCUGAGGAAGAUGGGCUGGCGUGAUGGACAGGGGGUGGGGCCAAGAGUCAGGAAGAGGAAGGUACGCAGCGACAAAGCAGGUCAGCAAGGUACAGAGCUGAGGGCUUAUGGCUGUGUUCUUCCUCCUAAGAGAUCUGACGAGUCUGAGGAGGACGACGACGAUGAUGAUGAGUUUGCUCCAGAGAAUGUGACCUUUGCCCCUAAGGACGUGACCCCUGUGGACUUUGCGGUGAAGGAGGGCGUCCACGGCCUGGGCUACCGAGGGCUGGACCCCGGCAAAGCGCUCGCCGGGGGGGCCACCAGGGGGGGGCACUUCAACCUCUUCACCCUCGACUCCGACAGAACCACCAGCCUGUUUGGACCAAGGGCAGCCACACGCCGGGGAGGAGUCGCAGGGCAGGCGUUUGGUGUUGGUGCGAUGGAAGAGGAUGAUGAUGAAGAGGUGUACCACAAAGACGCCAUGUCCAACUACGACACCAUACUGGGAGGGGAGGAGCCAGGGGACGGCCUCUUCGGGUGGACCGCCCCCCAGCAGUACAAGAAGAAGAAGAAGAAGAAGAAUGACCCUAAGAAGGAUGCUGCUUACCUGGGGAAGAUCCUGGAGGGCUUCACUCUGGCCUCCGAGACCGAGGAUUCUAAAACGGUGUUUCCUCCGCCGGUGUUGCCGCGUGGCUACCGGCCCGUGCACUACUUCCGCCCCGCGGCGGACAUGAGUGGGGUCAGCCCCGUGGUGGCCGCGGCGCUCCGGGAGUCUAAGGGUCACAUGACGCAGCCCGCACAGGAGAUUGGCCGACACCAGCUGGACUCCGCUCACAGGAGGGAACUCCUGGGAGAGACGUCACUACAAGGUCCCAGCUCUGUGUUUGAGCUGCUGCGUCCCGAGGAUCAGGAUAAGCUGUCUCGUGUCCGUCAGGCGGCCGAAGAAAAGCAGAGCCACCCAGACUUGAACUCUGAAACGGGUCGGAACCGUCCAGACUUGACCUCUGAAACGGGUCGGGCCGCAGUGGUGGCAGCCGCCAAAGCCUCUGCCCUGCAGGCCCUGUCCAGUCGCUUCCAGAGCCAACCGCAGGGGGCGCCAGAGAGCCAACCGCAGAGCCUGGCUCUGGCUGCUUGGAGCGCCCCCACAGCUGACACCAAGAACACAUUCAAGCCGUUUGACAUGAUCCCUCACAAGCAGGCGCGCUACGACCAGUACCUCACCCUGCUCAGGAAGGGACACAAGGAUGCGCUGGAGCAGAGUCUGGAUGUGUGUAUGACGGAGUGGGAGCGCGGGCGUGAGCGGGACGAGUUUGUGAGGGCAGCUCUGCUCUAUCAGCCCAGUAGCUCCGCCCUCUCCAGUCGCUUCACACGCAGCCGACAGGCGGACAAUGAUGACACCGUGGAAGUGCCACGAGACACGGAGAAUGAUGUGGAUGAUAAGCAGGCUGCAGUGAAGAUGAAGAUGUUUGGCAAACUGACCAGAGACACGUUUGAGUGGCAUCCAGACAAACUCCUGUGCAAGAGAUUCAACGUGCCGGACCCUUACCCCGGGUCCGGUCUGGUGGGCAUGCCCAAGGUGAAGAGAGAUCGCUUCUCCGUCUUCAACUUCCUCACCGUGGACCCAACAGCCAGCUGUACACACGCCUCCUCCUCCUCCUCCUCCUCCUCCAAACCCCCUGACUCGGGGAAGCGUUCCCGCUGGGACAUGUCGCCGUCGGCGCCCCCUGCAGGCCAGAAGGACCCCCUCAGUGCGCUCAUCAGCGAGGCUCGCAGCGAAGCGUCACGCCCCCCCACAGAGACACCCCUCAUCAAAACAGAGGUCAAAGAGGAAGAGCAGACGGACAAUGGAGAGAAGAGGGAGAAAGAGGAGGAGGAAGAGGAGGAGGAGGAGGCGGAGGACAGUAGGCCACCCAUGGACCUGUUCAAAGCCAUCUUCAGCUCGUCCGACGAGAGGUCCUCUUCCUCAGACGAGAGCGAUGAAGGCCAGGAGGAAGAGGAGGAGACAGAGAGGGCGGGGGCUCAGACGUCAGGGCCUAUCAGCUUCAGCAGCAUCCCACAGGCCACACCCACUGCUCCACCCCCAACCCUGCCCACACACCUGCAAGGCACCAGCACCGCCACAGGGCGUGUUGUGUCAGAGGAGCGGGGUGUGGCCCCCCCCUCCACUGCCAGCCGCAAAGAUGGAGGACAGGAGGAGGAGGAGUUUGGGCCGAAGCUGCCUCCUCCCACUCCAACAGGUUUUCCCUGGCUGAGGGAGGAGAGGCCGAGUGGGAGGAGCAAAGAGAACCGUAAAGCCAAGAAGGAACACAAACACAAGAGGGACAAGAAGCACAAGAAGAAACAGAAGAAACAGAAAAAGCAGAAAGUGAAAGAAAAGAAGAAGAAGAAGAGAGAGAAGAGAGACGAGUCGCCCAGCAGCUCGUCUGACAGCGACGAUGAUGAAGGUGAAGAUGUGGACACCGAGGAGCUGCUAAAGAGGUUAAAGAGCAUCAGAGGGAAGGUGUAGCUGACAGGUGUGGUGUAAUUCGCUGGAUCUCUAUGGGUCUCUCUGGAUCUCUCUGGGACCCUGACACAGACCCCCCACAGCACAGACUACCGAGGGAAGUGGAGGAGCUGUCUGCACAGACGGCUUAUGUUGCAUUGUGUACAUUCAAUCACUGGGUUCUAGCUAAUAAAUUCGCUUUUUUUUUUUU